AUGGCAAGUUUGUCGGAAGAGCUGAGGACCAACGUGGAGCUAAUUCAAAAUUACAGACUACGUAUUGCCCAAGAUAUCAACCAAGGAAACCUAGAGCUUUUCCUGCGUUCUUAUGAUAGACGCAGAGACCUGAAGAUUAAAAGACCCAAACCAGGCCAAAAUGACAACAAGUUGAAAACUUUAAAGUGUUCUACUUUACUGGUGGUAGGGGACAACUCACCUGCUGUGGAGGCUGUGGUUGAAUGUAAUUCUCGACUCGACCCUACAAAUACAACUUUAUUGAAGAUGGCAGACUGUGGAGGACUGCCCCAAGUAGUUCAGCCUGGAAAGCUCGCAGAGGCCUUCAAGUACUUUUUGCAGGGAAUGGGCUACAUACCAUCUGCCAGCAUGACCCGGCUCGCCCGAUCACGAAUCCACUUAGCCCCCAGUAACAUUGGAUCUGAAAAAAUUUAUUUCAGCCAACCUGUGACCACUGAUGAGUCAGAUGGAGCUCAAGAAGCCCGUGAGGCUCCUACUCUCCUGAACACACAACAGACCAUGGAGGUGUCUUGCUGAGCAGAUGGGUCCUCCCUGGACCAUGCAGGCCCCUCCUUCAGAUAACCACUCCAUAAUAGAACAUUUCAUUCCA